CCAAAGCAUCCAAACGAAAAUCUUUCUCUGUACAAACACUUUUGAGGAACAAAGACGAAGAAGAAGCAAAGAUGUUCAGGAACCAGUACGACACAGACGUGACAACAUGGAGUCCCACUGGUCGUCUUUUCCAAGUAGAGUACGCCAUGGAAGCCGUCAAGCAAGGCUCCGCCGCAAUCGGACUCAGAUCUCGCUCCCACGUCGUCCUCGCCUCCGUCAAUAAAGCCCAAUCGGAGCUCUCUUCUCACCAAAGGAAGAUCUUCAAAGUAGACGACCACAUCGGUGUCGCUAUCGCUGGACUCACCGCCGAUGGCCGUGUACUCUCUCGUUACAUGAGAUCUGAAUCCAUCAAUCACUCUUUCACCUAUGAGUCUCCUCUCCCUGUUGGCCGUCUCGUCGUUCGUCUUGCUGAUAAGGCCCAGGUAUGUACCCAACGGUCAUGGAAACGACCAUAUGGUGUGGGUUUGCUGGUAGGUGGACUGGACGAGUCAGGAGCCCACCUCUACUACAACUGCCCCAGCGGAAACUACUUUGAAUACCAAGCGUUCGCUAUCGGGUCACGUUCACAAGCUGCGAAAACUUACCUAGAACGAAGAUUCAAGAGCUUCAAUGAGUCAUCAAGAGAAGAUCUGAUCAAAGAUGCUAUUUUGGCCAUAAGGGAAACUUUGCAAGGUGAAACACUCAAGAGCUCGCUCUGCACGGUUUCUGUUCUAGGAGUCGAUGAACCAUUCCAUUUCUUGGACCAGGAAAGCAUACAGAAGGUGAUUGAUACGUUUGAGAAGGUUCCCGAGGAAGAAGAGGAUGGUGGUGAGGCCGAGGCUGAAGCUGCUGCUGCACCUGCGGAACAAGGUGGUGCAGGUGAUCAGGAUGUUGCACCAAUGGAAAUGUGAGCAAGUGAGAGUGUUAGAGUUUGAUCACAAAUAACUUUGGUUAUAACUGUGUCGUCUCUAGCUCUUUGGUGUCAAAGUUCCAAGCCGAGUUUAAAUGUCAGAGUCUCUGUCCCCAAGUAUUUUGGUUUUUACUCUCGCCUGAAAUAUUUCUUUUUCUUUUUGAGGUUACAACUUUCAGUUGGUUACCAAAAAUUGUAGUUUUAUUUAGAGACAUUAGUUUACCUCAGCCGCAGAAGCAAACCGAAUCUGGUUUGGUUUGUUUAGAAUUUAUGGUGAUACCAUCUUAUUGGAUGUUACGAACCGGUAAUCCUUGAGGACUGUUCGGAUUA